AUGGGAUGGUACCACCUUUUCUACCAAUAUAACCCUGACUCAGCUGUUUGGGGCAACAUCACAUGGGCCCACGCUGUAUCAAGGGAUCUGAUUCAUUGGCUCUACCUUCCCUUGGCGAUGGUUCGUGAUUGCUGGUUUGAUUUGAAUGGUGUAUGGACCGGGUCCGCCACAAUCCUUCCUGACGGUCAGAUCAUCAUGUUGUACACUGGGUCCACCAAUGAUUUUGUGCAGGUGCAAAAUCUUGCGUACCCUUCCAACGUGUCCGAUCCUCUUCUCCUUGAUUGGGUCAAGUACCCUGGUAACCCGGUGAUGGCGCCUCCAUCGGGCAUUGCUGAUGAUGACUUUCGUGACCCGACCACAGCAUGGCUCGGCCUGGAUGGUAAGUGGCGGAUCACAGUCGGGUCAAAGGUUAAUAAGGAUGGAAUGGCGUUUGUUUACAAAACAACAGACUUCAUAAGCUACGAGCUGGCGGAUCAGAGUCUGUAUGCGAUUCCAGGCACGGGUAUGUGGGAGUGUGUCGACUUUUACCCGGUUUCUACUACUGAGCCAAACGGGUUGGACACAUCUUCAAAUGGGCCGGGCAUUAAGCAUGUUCUGAAAGCUAGUUUACAAGAUUAUGCGCAUGAUUAUUAUGUACUCGGGACCUAUGAUCCGAUAACGGACACAUGGACCCCCGACAACCCGGAUUUGGACCUGGGUAUUGGGUUUCGGGUCGAUUAUGGAAAAUACUAUGCAUCAAAGACAUUUUAUGACCAAUAUAAGAAGAGGAGGAUCCUGUGGGCAUGGAUUGGAGAAUCUGAUUGUGAAAAUGUCGACAUCAUGAAGGGCUGGGCCUCUGUUCAGACGAUUCCAAGGACUGUGGUGUUUGACAAGAAGACAGGAACCAAUUUACUUCAAUGGCCCGUUGAGGAAUUGGAGAGUUUGAGGUUGGGCAGUCAUGAAUUCGACGAGGUGGAUCUUCAUCCAGGAUCAGUUGUGCCACUCGUCAUGGGCUCUGCUACACAGUUAGACAUAGCUGCCGAAUUUGAAAUAGAUAAAGAAGCCUUGGAGGUGACCAUUGAGGCUGAUGUGGGUUACAAUUGCACUACUAGCUGUGGGGCUCGCGGUAGAGGCAUUCUAGGACCAUUUGGCUUUCUAGUUCUUGCUGAUGAAACUCAGUCUGAGCUAACACCUGUUUAUUUCUACAUUGCCAAAGACACUGGUGGGAGUGCUGUGACUCACUUCUGUGCCGAUGAAACAAGAUCAUCAAAAGCUUCUGAUGUUAGCAAACAAGUUUAUGGAAGCAAGGUACCUGUGCUCGAAGGUGAAAAAUUAUCUAUGAGGUUAUUGGUUGAUCACUCCAUAGUGGAGAGCUUUGCUCAAGGAGGAAGGACAGUCAUCACAUCGCGAGUUUAUCCUACAACAGCAAUUUAUGGAGCAGCGCAGGUGUUCCUGUUUAACAAUGCCACAGGAUUGAAUGUCAAGGCAUCAGUAAAGAUUUGGCACAUGGAUUCAGCAGAUAUUCACCCUUUCCCCCUGUAA